GAAAAAUGAAGCCAGCAGGCACAGACCCAAGGAUCUUAUCUCUAGCAGCUGAAGUUGCAAAAAGCCCUGAGCAGAAUGUCCCUGUUAUAUUGUUGAAGUUAAAAGAAAUAAUAAACACACCUUUAGAAAGUUCAGAGUUGAAGAAAAUAAAACAAGAUAUAUAUUGCUAUGACCUCAUUCAGUAUUGCCUCUUAGUCCUCAGUCAAGAUUGUUCUCGAAUCCAGGGUGGUUGGACUACAAUUUCCCAGCUUACACAGAUAUUAAGUCAUUGCUGUGUGGGCCUAGAGCCAGGGGAAGAUGCUGAAGAAUUUUACAAUGAAUUGCUUCCAUCAGCUGCAGAGAAUUUUUUAGUUUUGGGAAGGCAGCUGCAAACAUGUUUCAUUAAUGCAGCCAAGGGUGAAGAAAAAGAUGAACUACUACACUUUUUCCAAGCUGUUACUGAUUCUCUCUUAUGGCUUUUAGGAGGCCAUGUUCAACUCAUUCAAAGUGUAUUACAGAGUGAUCAUUUCUUGCACUUACUGCAAACUGACAAUGUUCAACUAGGAUCUACCAUCUUGGCUACACUACAGAAAAUACUACAGAUCAGCAGUGAUGAUUUACUCAGAAUAGAGGGAAAAGCCCUGCGUUCAAUUUUAGAUGAGAUUGUUUUCAAGCUUUUGUCAACUCAUACAACUUUCAUAAGAAGUGCUGCUACAAAGCUCCUACUGUUGAUGGCUGAAUCUCACCAGGAAAUUUUGGUUUCAUUAAGACUCAGUGCCUGUUACAAAGAAUUCAGAAGUUUACUAAAGAAACAGUCAUCUAGAACAGAGUUUAGUCAAGAACUUGGACAACUUAUUGGCCUUUUAAGCCCUCAGGGCUAUCAGGAAGUACAAGAUCAGAAACUCCAUCAAGCAGCUUGCUUGAUCCAAGCUUAUUGGAAGGGUUUCCAAACUAGAAAGAGAUUAAAGAAGCUUCCAUCUGCUGUGAUUACUUUACAGAGACUUUUCAGAUUUAAAAGAGCAAAGAUAUUACUGAAACAAGCUAGGCAAAAAGAAGAAGAAGAUAUCAGAUUACAAUUGCGUCUUCAAAAACAGAGAGCCAUGAGGAUUUCCCGAGAAUUACGGUUGAGUAUGCUUGAAAUAGUUCAUCCAGGUCAAGUGGAAAAACAUAAUAGGGAAAUAGAAGAAAAAUCGGCAUUGGUUAUCCAGAAACAUUGGCGAGGGUACAGGGGAAGGAAAAAUUUUCAUCAACAGAUGCCAUCUCUCACAGAGUAUAAAGCAGCAGUCACACUUCAGAGAGCAACUCUUAAAUUCCUAGCAAGGAGACGUCAGAAAAAGAAACUGUUUGCUCUUUGGCAAGGACUUCCAGAACUCACAGAUGCACGCAAAGUUAAAUUGAAGCAGCAAGUGGAUGACUAUAUCAGAAGGCAUCCAGUCUCUCAGAUGUCAGAUGCUACAAGCAGGGAGCGCCAUUCCCAAGCUCAAGAACUCCUGCAACACUACUUUAUGGGCAGGGCCUUAGAAGAAAGAGCCCAACAGCACAGGGAGGCUUUAAUGGCUCAGAUCAGCACUAACAUUGAACAGUUAAUGAAGGCACCCAGUCUGAAGGAGGCUGAAGGGAAAGAACCUGAGCUCUUUCUAAGUAGAUCCAGGCCAGCGGCAGCCAAGGCAAAGCAGGCCCAUCUCACUACCCUGAAGCAUGUUCAAGCACCUUGGUGGAAGAAGCUUGGAGAAGAAGCAGAUGAUAUCAGUGUCCAAAGCGAGGAACUUAAUGUAGAAUUAGAAUCGUUAUUCAUUGGUGGAACCAAAGCCCCUUAGACAAUUACCCUAAGAAAUUAAUUCUGCUUCUGGCAAACUCCUAGACUAGCAUUCUCCUAACUCUUGGUUUUCUAGAGUUUCUCCAAACAGGACUUACAGACAAUAAGCAGAGUUAUCAUCUACCUCUAUAUUAAUUCUCUUUUCAUGUGUAAUUUCAUUCCUGGCUACUAGGGUUUUUUUUUUAUAGAAUUAAUCUCAACAUGGAAUUCUGAUGGUUAUAUGAAAUGUGGUCUCUCUCUUAUUGCUGUUUCCCCACAAGUGUUUUUAUAAAUAAAUAUUUUUAACAGUUCUGAAAAAAA